GCUGGCAAAUACAGUGACUUCGCCCUCGAGUGUGACGGUACCACGUUUCCGGUCCACAAGGUGGUCGUUUGCACACAGGUAGAAGCUUUCGCAGCCGCCUGCAAGGUAGGAUUUAAGGAGGCAUGCUCAGGCGUCUACCGCAUCGACGGAUUUCAGUCAUCGACCGUAGGCUACAUGGUGGAAUACUUGUAUACUGGAGAUUAUACCACUGAGUACGAUUGCAAGGACGAUAUCGAGUCUUCUUCCUCCAAAGGCAAAACCACGUCACAUCCCAAUCCUUCGACUCCGAUUCUAUCCGAGGUGCUGAUUGCACACAUCCAGGUCGCUGAGAUCGCAGAAUACUAUCAGGUGUCGCGGCUGAAUACUCUCGUUGAUAAGGUCGACAAAACACUCCAGAUGCCAUGGUCCCCUAAAGGAUUUGCGAAAGCCGUAGAGCUAGCCUAUCGGGUCCCGAAUGCUGAGAGCCUACGUGACAAGAUAGCGGGUGUCCUGGUGCAACAUCUCGAUGACUUCCUCGACGAUGCUCCCGAGAGCCCAUUUACCGAUGAUGUGUCUGUCCGCGUGCUGCGAGUGAUGCGCAAGGCGAGCCAGGCAUCCGCAAAGUCCAUCCAGGCGCUGCACAGUGAGUGCAAGAGCCUGAAGAAGGAGCUUGCCCGUGAGCGUCAAAAGCAAGCGCAGCCUGCGCAACAUGCGGGGACGUCCAGGAAUAGACUGAGGCUCGAUGGGAGUACUCUUUCCGCAACUUCUCGCGAAAUACUUGCCAUAGCUCGUCGUGCUAAUCAUGAACGGCGUCUCAAUUAA